CGUCAAAAUCGAUUUAAAUAUGUCACUCGCAACAUUCAGCAAUCAGAACGCAUUUUUCGUGUAAUAUCGCACCAAAUCAGUUUUUCCCCGUUUUAUAAACCCAACAGUUUCAAUUGAACCCACCGUCACUCAACCCACGCUUUUGCAGAACCACCAUGGAAAACUUAAAGUUAUACCUCGGCACUUACAACGUAGGAACCAACAACCCCGACGCACGCCUCAACACCCUCUUGGGCCUCCCCGACGACCCCAAGAACGAGAAAUUCCAGCUCCCUGACUUGUACAUCUUGAGCUUUCAAGAGGUGAAAGCGCAGCCCCAGAACAUGCUCCUGGACGCCCUGUUCGACGAUCCCUGGACCUACGCGAUUAAGGACCUCCUCGAGAGGUACAACUACGUGAAAAUCAAGUCAGUGCGGCUGCAAGGUUUGUUGCUCAACAUCUACUGUCUAAGAAAACACCUACUCAACAUACGGGAGAUUGAAUCCGAGUAUACGAGAACGGGCCUAUCUGGAAUGUGGGGGAACAAAGGUGCUGUUAGUAUUAGGCUUAGCAUUUAUGGGUGUUCGCUGUGUUUUGUGAACUCGCACCUCAGCGCCCAUGACAACCAGCUCAAGGACCGCGUGGAGGACUACAACAGUAUUAUCAAGGAUCAAGAAUUUCACGUCGCCGAAACCACGGAGAUAUUUUUCCAUGAUUACGUUUUCUGGAUGGGGGAUCUCAAUUUUAGGUUGCAUGAGGACUAUGACGCCACGCCGGAGGAGAUCGAGAGGCUGGUUUAUAAGAAGGAGUGCCCGAAGUUGUUUUUGUUCGACCAGCUGAGAUACGUGAUGAACAGGGGGGAGGCUUUUAGUGAACUGGUGGAGGCAGAUCCGGAGUUUCCUCCCACUUUUAAGUUUGAAGUUGGGACUGAUAGAUAUGACCACAAACGACGGCCAGCCUGGUGCGACCGAAUCCUCUACAGGGUAAACCCCCACAACUACGAGAACGUGACGCUCAAAGUCGACCAACUUUCCUACAAGCACCACCCUUGCUAUCAGCUCAGCGACCACAAACCCGUGACUGCCGAGUUCAACAUUAAGAUCCCAGCUAAACAUUUGAGGCUUUCAACCGGUAUGUCCGUUGACCAGGUUGAUCAGGUCUUUUCAGAUUAUUCUGAACGGAUCGUUGAGUUCGAUAAGAUCGUGAGCUGGUCGCAGGACGAAGAGAACACGGCCAAGUACAGAAUCACGCAGGGGAUUCCCGCCACCAAGGACGACUGGAUCGGGCUGUUCAAAGAAAACUUCAGCAGCUUGGACGACUACAUCACGUACGAGUACGUGAGCAAGUGCUCGACGCCUACUCCGGAGGGGAAAAGCCCUAUGAAGGGGGCGUCCUCGAAGAACGAGCAGAAAUACGAAAUUACGUUUUCGGAAUUGCCCAAUCGCUGCAAGGGGAAUUAUUGUCUGGUGUAUUUCAGCCAAUCAGAAGACAAGGUCAUCAGUGUGCUGGGGAUUAGUAAUGCGUUCCCAGUGAUUAAGGAGGACAGUGACUAGAUAGAAGAAUUCCGCCCUUUUACUUGUUAUUUUGUUGUAUGUUGAGUUUUAUUUUUUUAAUGCUUUGGAUUUUUUAUUAAGUGAUUGUGCCUUGCAUAACCCUGUAGGAUUUUCUAGUGGAUAUUACUUUGAUAGUAGGGGCAGUAUCCGUUUUUUUCCUUCCAUGUUUAAAAUAGCGUCCACUGUUGUGGUAACAGUGUCAUUUGUGGAAACUAGUCAGUUUUAUUCUCACUUCAUUCACUAAAACCAGUAUUUACAGUGUCUUGUCCUUUAUGAUACGUAUUUUCGAUUUUAUUUUUGUUAAAUUCGGACCAUUCUGGCCACUUUCUAGUUUGUGUUCACGCCUACCUCUAAAUCUACUUUCGACAAUUGAGAGAAUUACGAGAAAUGUGAUUAUAUUUACACUUGUUGAAUAUUCUACAUGUAUGUUCUAGAUUAGAUUACAAUGUAGCCUUUAGUUGUAGUCAUAUUUAAUAGGUUAACACCAAUAGAACAACUAGAUGACGAAGGUUGCGCGGUUUUCGGGAAGUAGUUGUCCUAAAUUAACGUCACUACUCACUACAUUCGAGCUAACGUGUAUCCAGCGCCAACUACUUAUUCAUAUUCGGACUUUCUCACUUUCUUGGUACAAACGAACUUGUUUAGUCGUCACACGUGUAGCUCUCUCUUUAGGCAGUACAAAGGCGAGGUUGCACCACGACGUUUUAAUGGCGCCAUUUCGAAAUCGCGGCGUCGUGGUGAUGGUCAGACGUGUCAGCAAUUUUUAUUUAAUUUUACAUGAUUUCCUGUGAUAAUUUUGUAUACACGGACCAUUUGUUGACACACCUGCACACAAAAAGUAAAGUCUGAAUUCAAAUGCUUGUGUAUGUUUAUAGGUAAAUGUUAUGCAGAUUGUUGUUUACUUCAGAUGUUUACAAUUAAGGCUUUUAAGGGAAAAAUAAACUAUAUUCUCCUA